AUGUUCCGAUUUCUCACCAUCUUUGCUCUGUUCGCCUUCCUCAGUCUCCAAAUAUCGGCCUCACCUGCCCUCCCGCCUCUCGGGAGUCUCCAACGACGCACUGAUCCAUAUUUCCCAGAUACUCCUGCAUCAUGUCCUAUUUGUGCCCAGGAUUAUCCUAGUAUCAAUAGCUGUGCACAGGCAGCGCCAGUUCUGGCCAAUUUCUCCAUGAUUAUCUUCAACCCCGGUGCCUUCAUCGAUAUCAUCAAAUGUGCCUGCGUGGAUACUUUCCAAGCCGCAUUUCCUCAAUGCGUUGACUGCUUCAUCCAGACGGGCCAACAGGACGUCCUUAGCACACCCGACCUUCCGGGUGUCGUGGAUGGCAUGCGGAGAAUUUGUGCCCUUCAAAGCACCUUGCUUGGAAACGUCUCGGGCGUGAAUGGCGACACCACUUCCACCACGACUCCCCAACCAGUAGCUACCGGGUUCGCUCCAAGGGAACACGACAUGGCAUUCGGGAUGACAGCGUCUUUACUUGGGUUGGCGUUGUUCAUUGGAUGUCUAGGCUUUUGA